CUCUCUCUCUCCCUUUCUCUCUCAGUGUCGUCAGGUCGUCUCUUGUGUUUGGAUGAGCAGUGGAUGAGAUAUCAGAGAAAUCUCAGCAGGACUAGAGGAUGUCUCGCACAGUGACUCUUAGCGGUUCCUCUCCGUGGGGUUUUCGGCUCGUGGGUGGACGGGACUUUAACACGCCGCUCACUAUUUCACGAAUAACACCUGGGAGUAAAGCGGCGUUGAGCGAUCUGAGCCCUGGAGAUACUAUCCUUGCAAUCAAUGGAGACAACACUGAGACCAUGACACACAUGGAGGCACAGAACCGCAUUAAGGCCUGCACAGACCGGCUCAGACUGGAUGUCAGCAGGUCUGGAAAACUUUGGUCUCCAACCGGUAUCGAAGAAAACAAGACGAGUUCAUUGACUGGAGCUCUUGAGUCACAGACCUUUCGACCAAUCAGCAGUGGUUAUAGCCCCGUUCCAAAGAGUCCAUCCCCCAAGAGUCCCAUUACCUGUGGCGUGCCCUACAACAACGGAAACUCAAGACCCACGUACAACAACCCAGCCGGCCUGUAUUCACACAACAGCGGCAACGGUGCCCUGCCGAAACAGUUGGCCGGUCUCAGUCUGGGCUCUCCGCACAGUUUCAGCCCCGAGCCGCCCGUGAACUCAUCGGGCAACCGCAAUGGAUUUGAUCCCCAGUCAGACGUCUAUAAGAUGCUCCAGGAACACGAGGAACCCAUUUCAGCACCCAAACAAUCAGGUUCCUUCAAAUACCUGCAGGGAAUCCUGGAGGCUGAGGACGGAGGAAUUUCACCGGUAGACAGACACGGAGGAAGAGGUUUGUGUUCACCCGUCAAAUCUCCAGUGCCGAAGAUGAGCAGCCCCAUCACAUCUCCUCUGACGUCUCUGCCCGGUCUACAGAAGCUGCCUCAGUGUACCCGCUGUUCACAUGGCAUUGUGGGAACCAUCGUGAAGGCCAGAGAUAAACUUUACCAUCCUGACUGUUUCAUGUGUGAUGACUGUGGGCUCAAUCUGAAACAGAGAGGAUAUUUCUUCAUUGAUGACAAUCUGUAUUGUGAGAACCACGCUAAAGCACGCGUGCAGCCACCCGAGGGUUAUGAUGUGGUGGCUGUGUAUCCCAACUCUAAGGUGGAACUGGUCUGAACACACAAACACAUUAAUGUUGGCAUAUGUGGUUUACGGGGACAAUUCCAUUUAUACGCAAUGCAUUUUAUACUGUACAAACUGUAUAUUAUAAAACGGGCAGUUCUGGUUCUUCGUUCUGAUUGGUUGAAACGCGUUCUAAGCCGUGAUAAAAUACCCCGGUAAACCCACGGUUCAGACCACAUUACAUAAGUAUCACUGCGCCACUGUUGCUGCGUACUGAUUUAUGAAAAUAAACAACAGUGUCUUUAAUCAUAUUUUUAAUUUGUCUACAAUUGCACAAUUAAUGGCGAUAUCCAGAUAAAUGUCAAUAAAUAUUGUUGAGUCAUCUUGUCAAUGAAGAGAAAACUUUCCCUGAGGAGUUUAUACCUCAAAUUCAUAUUUCCGCUUUUAUCUACUGGGGGGGGGCGAUCUUACCCAACUUAAACACUGACACAUUCACUCAACACCAAAAAACAGCGUGUUUUGAUCAGGCUCUGAAUCUGAUCUCUUACAAAAGUUCUUCACAAAAAUGGAAUUAUCUCCGCUUUUAGCUGAAAAUCUGAGAGGUGAUAAGAGAACCAAUGAAGGUAGGAUUAAACGUUUUUUUGUUGUUGUUGUUGUUUGAAAGCGGAGGGUCUAUUCUUUCAUUUGAUAUUUUAUGUUUAUUUAAAGAAGAUAAUUUUUCUGUAAGGCAUUAAACUAAAACUGGGUGGCAACUUAAAAAAAAAAACACUGAUGGGGAAAGCAGCAUAUUAGUUCAUCACUUCAACAGUUGCACGAUAUAAAUGUAUAAAUAAGAUGAAUGUUGAUUUAUAAAAAUAUACACCACAGUCUUAAAUCAAUAUUUUUAUUGAGUAUUUGCUGCAUCUGUGUUGGGAACUGCGCUCUGUUUCAGUCACACUUGAUUCUGAGGAACUACUUUGUUUGGCGGAAGAGUAAUAUUUGUACUAAUAUAGUUACAGCUUAUUUUAUAAAAUCCCGCUAAUGUUACGCAUAUGAAGUAACCGUUUUAUAAAUGCAAUAAGCCCCGCGAAGCAGUGGGGUUACAGUGCAUUUUAUAACAGCUAAGGGGGUUUUAGGCACUCCGCUUCACGUCGUUACUAACGACGCCCCUUAGCUGUUAUAAAAUGCACUGGUAACCCACUGCUUCUUGGGGAUUAUUGCUGUAUUUUAUUCCCCUAACCUAUUCCAGUCCCUAACCCAACCAUCACAAAAACCUGUUGGCAGUCUUUACUCUUUGAAAAACUACCAUUAAGUAUGUUUAUUAAGACGUUCAGUUUACUUCAUGUGUCCACGUAAACCAUGCUUAUAGCAUAAUAAACAUGUCAUUAUACACUAGUCUCCAAAAACCACAUAUACCAACACAUACAUUAACACACACUAACGCUUUCCAUUGAGGAUUCAACAUCAUCAACCAAAUCCUGCCCUCCACCUGAAGAUGAGAAGUAAAUUUUUUUCUGCUCAACUUCUCCCUGCUGUGUUUUCAUUGAUAGAUCUGAAGGAGGUUUUCCUACAAAAAAAAAAAACAAUUGUAGUGUUGCUUUAUAAACAAACUAAGGUAACAAUAUAAGAAAAAAGCCAUGACCCAGAUACUUUGAUAAACAUCUGUCUACCUAAAUACCAGUAACACUCAAGAGACUGAUGCUCUGAAAGUUCUGCCGGACUGAAAAUUCUCUCUUGAUGUUUGACAAAAAGUGCAUAAUUUUGCCGAUGCCAAUCCCCAAAUCAAGCUCAAAGCUCUCAAUAGAAAGGAGUGACCGAUGGCCCGUGGACAGAGGACAACUGACAGAAGCAGUGCUGCAUUCACACAACAAUUUAUCAUUUGCAUGUUUUCAGUAUUGCCAGUGUUAACAUUAAAGCCAUGAAAAGACAAAUCAGUGCGCUAAUAGCUCUUCAUUUAAGAAGAUUUGUAAGAAAGCCGCAUCUUAGACAGCGUGUAUAUAAUCCAGUGAGUUCUCAUUCGUGUCUUCUUGCGCUUGAACAGAUACGACCAAAUAAACCUGCUGCUGUUCUUCUUAAUGUUAAUAAAACAACAACACAUUUUUU